AUGGUGCAUAUGACGGAUUUACCCUUGCAUAUUUUGGAUGUGAUAUUGGUCGCAAUAGCAGUGUCAAGUGAUGGUGUGAGAGACUUGGCAAGAGUGGGAGCAGUAUGUACUAUGCUUCUGGCCGAGGCUAGGAAACCAUUCAUUUUAAAGGUGGUCAAUUUCCAACGUUUGACUUUUACUGCCAUUGAUUAUAUGAUGCACCAUCAUGAAAAGGAUCUCCUUUGUAUGUCUGCCCGAGCUGGAAAUCGAGCUGCCCGGUCCAUUAUGGGAAAGGCUCUCCUAGUUAACGAUGCGUGGUUUUGGAGCAUGAUUUUAUUGGACUAUCAACGUGCAUGUUGCGGGUGCAUCAAACCAUUUGAAGCACUACAUCAUCAAAGCCUUGUGAGAACAUUUAUUCUCCAUGCCACAUCAAAAGACAUUGCUACAAUAUGUCACCAGUUACUCAACUAUGUGGUGUCGCAUGUUGGAUACAAUGUGGCACGUGAAAAUGGACUUGUUUCCGCCAUCUUUAAUAUGUGUUCUUUUGAGACAAGGAGGCUUGUGUUAUGUAAUAUUGGGAUCCAUGAGACAUUCAGUUCGGUUGAAUGUCUUGUUGUUCGGGUACAACCCCCAUACGAAGCAUCGUAUCGUGAAGCUGUGGUUAUUGCAUUCGACAAACUCUUCACAUUGACUUGUGUUUGA